CUCUCUAUCCCCCAAUUCUUCAUCCCUCGUGCUUCUCCUCCUACUGUGACACUAUACUGUCUUCUUCUCUCAUAUUUUCCGUCACUUUGACGAGAAAAUUUAUCCCAAGUUAAAGAAAACCUACUUACCCAAUGAAUAACCCCGACCUAUACGAAGCCAAAGGCAAAGGCAUCCAAACUGACGACGAAGGCAUCCAAACUAACGACGAAGGCUUCCAAACUGACGACGAAGGCAUCCAAACUGACGACGAAGGCAUCCAAACUGACGACGAAGGCAAAGAAGAGCUCAAAUCAGUCCUCAGUCUCCAACAUCAACUAUUAAUGGAGGCCAAAACGUUAAACUCCGACCUCGACUUAGCUUUCCAACUCCAAAUGCAAGAAGCCGUGACCGCUUCUCUUUCAGUUCCCGACUCUUCCACUUCCCUCGACGCCACCGUUUCGCCUCCUCCCGAAACGGAUUUCGACUACGUGACGCUCAUGCUCGAGGACAUAGCCAGGUACGAGAUGGAACGCAGAGACAUGGAAGAAAGCGAGGAAGCGAUGAAGAAGUUCAAGAACGACAUGAACCGUUCGAUUCAUGAUCAAAACUUCGCGAGAUACAUCAUGAAUGUCCCCGAAGAAGAAUGGAGAGAUUACGGGGACUACUACGAGAGACCGUUCGACGGGAAUGUUGAUGAAGCUAGGCACGAGGGUUUUAGAGUUUAUGUUAAAGGGUUGGUGAGUGAAGAGAGGAUGAGGGAAAUGAAAGUUAUGGUGGGGGGCGUUGGAGUUGCCAUUUAUGAUUUUUGGAACAAUUUGGUUUUGGAAGUGAGGAAGAAAUUGGAGGGCGCGGAGUUCAUGAGCGGUGAAAUGGCUGGAGUCGAGGCUGUGAUUCAUGGGCUUAAUGCGGCCUUGAGUUUGGACUUGAAAAGGGUCACUCUUUUUGUUGAUGAUUUCAUGGUUCAUCAAUAUAUUACAGGCAGAGUGCAACCAGGACAGAGCAAGAUGGGGACAAAAGUCAAUGAGGUUGCUCUUCUACAAAAGCGAUUUACUUAUUUCCAACCAUCACUUGUGGCACGUAACGAUAUGAAAUCUGCGGUCGCACUAGCAAGAGAUGCUAUAGUCUCUCAGAUUACUUGGCCUGCAGAAAGUAGCUAUGGAAAAGACUUGAAGGAGACUUGUGUGAUAUGUUUUGAAGAUGUCAAUGCUACUCAGAUGUUUUCAGUCGAUGGUUGCUUUCACCGAUAUUGCUUUUCUUGCAUGAAGCAGCAUGUAGAAGUCAAAUUGCUUAAUGCAACGGAGGCUAGUUGCCCACAUGAAGGCUGUAAUUCCGAGGUGACCAUUGAUAGCUGUGGGAAAUUCUUGGAUCCUAAAUUAGUCCAGAUCAUGAGUAAUCGCAAGAAGGAAGCUUCCGUUCCUGUUUCAGAGAAAGUUUAUUGUGCAUUUCCGAGGUGUUCUGCGCUAAUGUCGAAAAGCGAGGUCUUACAAUAUACUAGUACUGUAAUUCUUGGUGCUGAACAAUCAGGGGCUCGAAAAUGUGUAAAAUGCCAUCACUUUUUCUGCUUCAAUUGCAAGGUUCCCUGGCACUAUAAUAUGACCUGCUUCGAUUACAAAAGGGAGAACCCUUAUCCUGAGAAAGAAGAUGAAAUGUUCAACUCUCUCGCGAAUAAAAAACGAUGGCGCGAGUGUAUAAAGUGCAAGAAUGUGGUUGAACUUGCUGAAGGGUGCUACCAUAUCACUUGCAGAUGCGGAUAUGAGUUUUGCUACACUUGUGGAGCUCCGUGGCAAAACAAGAAGCCAACAUGUAACUGUCCGAUCUGGGAUGAGCGGAAUAUUAUACAUGGCCAGCGAAGAAUGGCAUGAUCAGAGGUUACUUGCAUGAAUUCCUGCAUUCCCAUUUUCUUUCUCAGAGCUAAAACUUUUGGGGGCCUGGAUUGUGUUUCUAUUUGUUCAAGCUACAAUGGACAACUUGAUAUGAAUUGAUGC